UUUUGCCGCUUACCGUUUGAACGUGUCUAGGGUUUCUUCGUCCUUCUGUUUCGCUGUGGAAUUUUUUGAGAGAGCUACAAGAUUUCGGUGCAGUCGUUUGUAAAUGGAGGCUUUUGGAGGGUUCUUCAUGGAUGAAAAGGCGGUUCAAGUGGAGAACCUCUUCCUGGACUUCCUCAAGAGUUUUCGAUUGGACCCAAACAAGCCGGAGCUGUACUAUGAAGCGGAAGUGGAAGCCAUGAAAAACAUCGAAUCGACCACGAUGUUCAUCGAUUUCUCUCAUGUCAUGCGCUACAAUGAUGCUCUUCAGAAGGCAGUAGCCGAUGAAUACCUGAGGUUUGAGCCGUAUUUGAGGAGUGCGUGCAAGAGAUUUGUGCUCGAACUGUACCCAUCUUUUACUUCUGAUGAAACUCCGAACAAAGAUAUCAAUUUCGCCUUCUACAACCUCCCCUUCACAAAAAGAUUGAGGGAACUAGCCACUGCCGAAAUUGGGAAGUUGGUGUCGGUGUCUGGUGUGGUUACACGGACAAGUGAAGUGAGGCCUGAACUUCUUUUUGGGACAUUCAAGUGCUUAGAGUGUGGCAGUGUAAUAAAGAAUGUCGAACAACAAUUUAAGUACACGCAGCCUACAAUCUGUGUGAGUCCAACUUGUCUCAACAGAGCAAAAUGGGCAUUACUUAGACAGGAGAGCAAGUUCACUGACUGGCAAAGAGUUAGAAUGCAGGAGACAUCAAAAGAGAUACCUGCAGGUUCCUUACCACGGUCCUUGGAUGUCAUUCUUCGCCAUGAGAUUGUAGAGCAGGCCAGGGCUGGUGACACGGUUAUCUUUACGGGAACCGUGGUUGUGAUACCUGACAUAUUGGCACUGGCUUCUACCGGGGAGAGAGCAGAAUGUCGUCGGGACUCAUCACAACAGAAAAGCUCUAACGUUGGAAAUGAAGGUGUCAAAGGCCUCAAGGCACUGGGAGUUAGAGAUCUCUCAUACCGCCUUGCCUUCAUUGCAAACUCAGUGCAGAUUGCUGAUGGUAGUAGGAACACUGACAUCCGGAACAGACAAAAAGAUGCCGACGAAAAUAAUCAGAAUUUCACAACAGAAGAGCUAGAUGAAAUUCAGCAAAUGAGAAACACUCCCGAUUAUUUCAACAAGUUAGUAGGUAGCAUUGGCCCAGCGGUUUUUGGUCAUCAAGACAUCAAGCGUGCUAUUCUACUCAUGCUGUUGGGUGGUGUGCACAAGAUUACGCACGAAGGCAUCAACCUGAGAGGAGACAUCAAUGUUUGUAUAGUUGGGGAUCCCAGCUGUGCUAAAUCCCAGUUCCUCAAGUAUACAUCAGGCAUAGUACCGAGAUCUGUCUAUACGUCUGGGAAAUCCUCAUCUGCAGCUGGGUUGACGGCAACUGUGGCUAAAGAACCGGAAACAGGAGAAUUCUGUAUAGAGGCUGGUGCUCUGAUGCUUGCUGAUAAUGGGAUAUGUUGCAUUGAUGAAUUUGAUAAAAUGGAUAUCAGAGAUCAGGUUGCUAUUCACGAAGCCAUGGAGCAGCAAACAAUCAGCAUUACAAAAGCAGGGAUACAAGCAACCCUGAAUGCUAGAACAUCAAUCCUAGCAGCAGCUAACCCUGUGGGCGGGCGCUAUGACAAGUCUAAACCACUCAAGUAUAAUGUUGCUCUCCCGCCUGCCAUUCUCUCGAGGUUUGAUCUUGUGUAUGUUAUGAUUGAUGAUCCUGAUGAGAUAACUGAUUACCACAUUGCCCACCACAUCGUGAGAGUUCACCAGAAGCAUGAAGAGGCUCUCUCUCCCCCAUUCAGUACUGCACAACUCAAGCGGUACAUUGCAUUUGCAAAAACGUUGAAACCAAAGCUAAGCUCGGAAGCAAGGAAGCUACUGGUCGAGUCUUAUGUUACUCUACGCAAAGGUGAUACAACUCCUGGGACAAGAGUUGCUUAUAGAAUGACGGUCAGACAGCUAGAGGCAUUGAUCAGGCUCUCAGAAGCCAUUGCCAGGGCUCAUUUGGAAACUCAGGUGCUACCAAGUCAUGUUCUAUUGGCUGUCAGACUGUUGAAAACUUCUGUUAUCAGUGUUGAGUCAGGUGACAUUGAUCUCUCCGAGUAUCAAGAUGAUAAUCGUGACAACAUCGAGGAUAGGGAUGAUGGGAAUGACGGCACUGAUGGGACCGAAGCUCAAGAGAAUGGUACAGCCGAGCCACCUUCUGGCAAGACAGAUAACGGUGGAGCUCCAAAGCUGGUGAUAAGCGAAGAAGAAUUUCAACGGAUCACUCAUUCACUUGUUAUAUGCCUUCGACACCAUGAAGAAACUGAAAAUAGAGAUGGUGCAGGUGCAGGAUUAGCAGGAAAUGAGACAGAAGGAACUGAUCAGAUGGUACGUGGACCAGCAGAACGAGAAGAAGAAAUACAGUUCGCAAGAACAAGUAAAACUCGAUAUCAAGAAACUCAGGGCCAUCAUCGAGAGUCUGGUGAGAAGAGAAGGGCAUCUGAUAGUGUUAGACGAUGGUCGGGAAGCAGCAGAGGAAGCAGAAGCUACGAGACGAUCAUCCCAAAGAGACGAGAGGAUAUUGGCUGUGGCUCCAAACUAUGUCGUCGAGUAGUUUCGAACCUGGCCGAUCCAAUACUAACUUACCAAUUUGGAGAAGCUCUGAAUGCAAUUACAAAAAAAAUGAGAGAGGUUAAACCCAAUGCUACAGACUUCCAUUCCAUGCAUGACUUGAGCUUUCUGAAGUAUUUAGUCUGCUCCUUUGUAAAAAAAAAUAUUUUGUAAAACCGGCAUCGCAGUUUCAUAUUAAAUUUUAUUUUGUUACCGCCCUA